AUGAGGUGGUUGCUGACAGAAAUAAGAACACCCAAAGACCCUCCACUCAUCCAAUCAGCACAUGACAAUGCCUCUCAGAGCCAAACAUCGGAAAGAGAAUCAACCAUGAUCAAUCCCAAGAGGCUCGUUGCAAUCGCAAGGAAGUGGCAGAAGUUAGCUGCCAUUGGUAGGAAAAGAAUCUCCAUGUCAAGAACAGAUUUCACGGCAGACUGGGAAGCAUGCAAUAAAUCUACACCCAAUAAGGGACAUUUCAUCCUCUACACUGCAGAUGGAAGACGGUUUGCGAUUCCCUUGGUAUAUCAUAACAGCCCCAUAUUUCAAGAGCUGUUUAAAAUGUCCGAGGAGGAGUAUGGACUACCUUGCAAUGGUCCUAUCAAAAUGCCUUUCCAUGCUGUCUUCAUGGAUUACAUUGUUUCGUUGCUCCAAAGAAAGAUGCCUAAAGAUGUUGAGAAAGCUUUGCUUGAAUCAUUUUCCAUGUUCGUUAAUCUUUCCAUGGAAGAAAAUGUGGUGCGUGAUUAUUGA